CCAGCUUUUGGGGUCAUUUGGAAGUUGCAAAUGCCGGAAGUAUGCAGCAAAGCACAUGUCACACAAUUGAAUUGCACAAUUGCCAACAAUCGGAUAGCGGCAUGUGCCACAACAAAAUCCUAAACCAAGACAUUGUCUGUUUAGUACGAUUGGAGAUCUCGAACAUUACCUAUCUGCACUAUCCGGGCGUCUAGACAAUCAAUCCCCUAGGCUUUCAUCCUUAUUGGGAAAAUCCUGCCCCCAUUGCAACGAGGAUACCUACCUUUAUUAGCAGCUGACCCCCUGCACGACUGCAUGUGGCCUGCUUGAAAAACGGACACAUCUAGACUUUCGGUCUAGUCGUUGAUAAAUUCAACUGGAUAGCCGUACUUAUGUCAGCUUGCCGUGUCUGAUGUCCUCGGGCAACUUAUCUACCAUCUGCCUAUUAAUAUCCCAAUAUUCGCAUGUCUUGCAGAUAACAUAUAUUGAAGGCGACCUGUCAGAUCGUGCUUGGGUAUAUGAUGGGGUUCGAGGCGGAAGAGUUUACCGAAGGUUCCCCAAGCCUAAUCGAAGAUUCAUCCGGUUCAAGAUGGACUCCUCUGUUCCAAAAGAGUUGCGAGUUCAAUUCGAAAAUUUUCUUCGACGUUAUGAUGAAUUUCAUUCGCAACCCGAAUAUCAAUUCCAACUGGCUAUUCCGGGCUGACAUACUGGUCGAGCAAAAUCCUGAUCAACUGAUAUCGACUGAUCCCUUGAUCACACGGUCAGCUAUCCUCGACUUCCAAAAUAUGCACCUUGAUAAGGUAUUGGUGCGGAAACUUAUUCCCAGAAACACCCUAAGAGAUCAACCUCUAGAUCAAACCUGCCUAAUAUACCAUGGUAGUGGACCGGGUAAUAUAGAGAGGUCUAUGGUCGUUUACAAACCCCAUAUCUCAUCUCCGGCCGACAUACCAUUCUAUCAUCCUAAAAUACAAGGUAUGGCAUUUCUUCAUGAGUGGAAUGCCGAGAGCAACGAAGGCUCGGUGUCCAUUCAUUACCAUUUCUUUGAUAACGAAGACCAUUCGCCAAAGUUGGUGAGAACCGGUCUCAACCUCUUGGGAACGCUCCACAAGCAUGGAGAAGGGACAAGAGCAGGGUACGUCAAGCGAGUUCACCACGAUACCAUCAUCCCUCAAAUAUCUGUUCAGAAUACGUAUGCUCGACUAAAGGAAAAAUAUGCCCGACAACUUAUCCAGACCUGGGCUGAGGUUACAGAUCCUUCCAAGCACGUAUUCGAGGAUUUGAGUAUUGCGGCAUUCCUGAUUGAACUCUGGGCUCAGAUGUACCAAAGCUCUCCCUUCCCUGGAUUUGUUGAUAUUGGCUGUGGCAAUGGCCUCCUGGUGUACAUCCUCCAUGAGGAAGGUUACUUGGGAUGGGGAUUUGACGCACGGAAACGCAAAUCUUGGGAGAAUUAUUCCCGCGCAAUGAGCGGGGAAUCUGAGCCCAAAGAGACUCUUCGACAGCAUGUCUUGCUCCCUUCCGUCAUCGGUCGUCAUCCGAAUGUAGGAGAUGUAAGUGGCGAGAACGGCGAGACCGUCUCCGGCGUAGAGAGUAGUAAUAUUAUCCACGAUGGCUUAUUUCCUAGAGGGACUUUUAUUAUCUCUAAUCAUGCCGACGAGCUGACUCCAUGGACACCAAUACUUGCCACCUUGUCAGACUGUCCAUUUAUUAUGAUACCAUGUUGCAGUCAUAGCUUGACAGGAGCAAGAUUUAGAGCACCUGCGCCGAAGGCUCAGAACAAGUCCUCAUCAGCAUACUCGUCACUUGUUGAGUGGGUAACAAAAAUUGCAACGGAUUGCGGGUGGGAGUUGGAAACCGAGAUGCUGAGGAUACCAAGUACAAGAAAUACAGGUCUACUUGGUAGGAAAAGAAGUUGUCCAACUUUAUCCGUGGAUAUACAAGAUAUCAUAGCUAAAUACGGUGGCGCAGAAGGAUAUAGAGAUAAUGUGAUGAAGCUCGUAUAUAAUUCGGCAAGAGGCCAUUGAUUGAUUAUAUAUGGAAAAUCGAGAGUUAAAAUAACAAAACACACCUAUAUUUAACAUCCUAUACAGCAAUGCUACCGGCAUCUACGAACAAUAAAAUCGCCAAUAAAUGCA